UAAGAUGUCCCAAAAAAUUUGCUUCUACAUAUAUUAGCAAUAGUAGUACAGUUAUUAUGCUAUUAAUUAGGGAGGGGUUUUAAGCAGGCGUGGGCUGUCUACAGUAACAAACAAACACAGAAAAGGCCAGCAAACAGCUUGUCCUCUGUAACACUGCUAUAAUGUACCUUAAUGCACCCAGUUCACAAUAGAAAGCAAUGAAGCUUAAAGACAAAGCAACAAGUGCUUGUGGUUUUAGUUUUGGGGGGAGGAGCAGCAGCAGGAUUAGGUUCUGUGGCUUGACUUGUUGUGUAGAGGAGGAGGAAAUGCAUGUGAAUGUUACAAUAAUUCUCAAGCACAAGUGGUGGGUCCAGAGAGCCAGCCCCUUCUCCUUUGUUCCCUUGCCUAAAUCCACCACUCACAAGAAUCUCUCAUAAAGACACUACUCCCUCUCUUUUCCCCACUCUAUAUCUCUUCCUCUCUCUUUAAGCUCCCUUCAUCUUUCAUCAGCUUUAACUUGGUAACGUUUAUGGCAACAAUGCGUUGGCUUAUUCAUCAACUUCUUCUUUCUCUUCUUCUUCUUGUCGCCGUUGGAAGUGGAGUUCACUGCACUGCAGACACGACAGUGAUUUCAUUGGAAGAGUUGCACUGGAGGAGAAGCAGACCAUCUCAGCCCUUGUUACCACAGAGAUCAAGAAGAGAAAAGGAUGCUAUAGUGCUUGAAAUGAGGCACCACAGUACCUCUUGGGAACCAACUCCAAACCAAGAAGAUAAACUUCAAAUGAUAAUGGUCUCAGAUGAAGCACGAGUUUCUUACUUGCUGUCUCGAAUGAAUAAAAUCUCUAGCAAGAGUCAACAAGGAUCAUCAAAAGCCCAAAUCCCUCUAACCUCUGGAAGAAAGCUCCAGACUCUAAACUACAUCGUGAACAUUGAAUUAGGAUCAAGAAAGAUGACAGUGAUCGUUGACACAGGAAGCGAUCUGACAUGGAUUCAGUGCCAACCAUGCCAAUCUUGCUACAAUCAACAAGAUCCUAUUUUUGAUCCCUCUACUUCUCUUUCUUACCAACCAAUUCAAUGCAAUUCACCAACCUGUCACUCUCUUCAAGUAUCUACGGGAGAUUCGAGCAACUGCAGCUUAAACCAUCCAAGUUGCACCUAUGCUAUUAGUUAUGGAGAUGGAUCAUAUACUCGUGGAAUCCUAGCUCGUGACCAGAUAAAACUAGCUGGAACAGUCAUCGAAGGAUUUGCUUUUGGCUGUGGGCAAAAUAAUCGUGGGCUCUUUGGGGGAACCUCAGGUCUAAUGGGGCUCGCCCAAAGCGAACUUUCCUUGGUGUCUCAAACCACUGAUCAGUUUGGAGGGUUUUUUUCCUAUUGCCUGCCUACAAAGGAAUUUGAUUCUUCUGGUGCUUUGGUUCUUGGAAGUGAUUCCUCUAGCUAUAGAAACUCAACUCCUGUGGUGUAUACUAGAAUGAUCUUGGAUCCUAACCAGUCUCCUUUCUAUUUUCUUAACCUUACGGGUAUGAGCAUCGGUGGAGUUUCUCUACAGGCUUCUGGUUUUUUGAGUGGUAAGAUUCUUAUAGACUCGGGAACAGUGAUUACUAGGCUUGUUCCUUCUAUCUACAAGGCUGUGAAAGAUGAGUUCUUGGAGCAAUUCUCGCAAUACCCUUCAGUUCCAGGGUUUUCGAUAUUGGACACUUGUUUUGACUUGUCAGGAAAAAAGGAGGUGAACAUUCCUACAGUAAAGCUGGAGUUUGAAAGUGCAGUGGAGGUUGAAGUCGAUGUUAGUGGUGUUUUUUAUUUUGUUAAGUCCGAUGCAUCUCAAGUGUGUUUGGCUUUCACAGGAUUAUCUUAUGAGGAUGAAGUAGGGAUUAUAGGGAACUAUCAGCAGAAGAAUCUGAGAGUUGUGUAUGAUACUAUGGGAUCUAGGUUGGGAUUUGCAGAAGAGACUUGCGGAUAUAAUUAAAGAACAUAGAAAUAAAAAAUAAUAUGAGAUAUCGUUUGGAUAUAGUAGGUCUGAUUCUCAAAUGCAAUGAGCCUGAUCAGUUAUUGGAAAGGCCAUCCAAUUGCCUGAAUCUGCCAUCAUGAUGAUUAUCUGAUAGGUAGUACAGUUCCCAUGUAAAUGUCAUGUUGCAGUUGCUUCUGUGAAAUUAUGUUAAGAAUUCA